AUGGAGUUGGCUCACAGUUUACUGCUUAAUGAAGAGGCAUAUAACCAGCUUGGUGAAUUUCAGAAGGCAGAGUUCAUUUUUGAAUGGUUGAGAUUUUUGGAAAAACUUUUACCAGUGACUAGCAGGGCUGAUGUAAGGGAAAAACAGAAGAAACUGGCUGAACAACUAAUAUCUUUGUUAAAUGGUUCACCAGGCCCUCCUACCCGAAGGCUCAUAGCCAAGAACCUAGCUAUACUUUAUAGUAUUGGAGACACUUUCUCUGUUUACCAGACAGUUGACAAAUGCAAUGAACUAAUUCGGAGCAAAGAUGAUUCACCAAGUUAUCUACCCACAAAACUUGCUGCAGUGGUAUGCUUGGGAUAUUUGUACAAAAAACUGGGGAGAAUCUUGGGAAACAGCUUUACUGAUACUGUAGGAAAUGUGCUUAAAGCAAUGAAGAAUGCAGAGUCUCAAGGUCGUUAUGAGAUCAUGCUUAGUUUGCAAAAUAUACUGAAUGGCUUAGGAGCUGCUGCUACCCCAUGUCACAGAGAUAUUUACAAAGCUGCUCGAUCAUGCUUAACAGAUCGCUCUAUGGCAGUUCGCUGUGCUGCUGCUAAGUGUCUUCUUGAACUUCAGAAGGAGGCAGUUUUUAUGUGGAGCACAGGUCUGGAUAGCGUUGCAACCCUAUGUUUUAAAUCAUUUGAUGGUUCCAAUUACGAUGUGCGGAUAGCAGUUUCAAAGCUUUUAGGCACAGUGUUGGCUAGAGCUGUGACAUGUAAACAGGCAACAGCGUCAGCCCGGCAAAAUGUUCGCAAAAUUUCUCUGGAUGAAGCCAUGGAACUACUAGGAACAGGCUUUCUGCGUGGGAGUUCUGGAUUUCUCCGAGCCAGUGGUGAUAUACUGAAAGGAAUCAGUUCAGUCAGCAGAGAUAUUAGAGUUGGAGUUACUCAGGCAUAUGUGGUAUUUGUCUCCACAUUAGGAGGACAGUGGCUUGAAAGGAAUUUCUCUGCCUUACUUUCCCAUAUUUUAGAUCUAGUGUCUCAGUCUCACCCUAAAGCUAUUCAGACUCAGAUGGAUGCUAUCUGCUGUCGCCGUUGUAUUUCAUUUAUCCUUCGAGCUACAGUAGGAGGUCUUCUUGGAGAAAAAGCCCAAAUUGCAGCUGCCAAAGAGAUUUGUCAAGCCAUCUGGAAGCUGAAGAAAGUUGUGGAUGUUGUAAUGAGUGACGGUAACUUGGAAACUCGGAUUGGUACAACAGAUGUAACAGCAAGCCAACAUGUUCUUGAGUGUGCAUUACACGAACUUGGAAGUCUCAUACAUGGUUUAGGCACGACUGCUGCACCAUUGCUACAAGAUUCCAGUACAGGGGUUCUGGAUGCAGUAAUUUCAGUUAUUCUUCAUCCCAGUAUUUCAGUUCGACUAGCAGCAGCUUGGUGUCUACGCUGCAUUGCUGUAGCAUUGCCAUCCUAUGUGUCUCCACUUUUGGAUCGCUGCAUCGAGCGGCUUAGUGCCCUUAAGUCCUCCCCUGAAGCAGUGACUGGAUAUAGUUUUGCUGUUGCUGCUUUGUUGGGAGCAGUAAAACACUGCCCAUUAGGAAUUCCACAUGGAAAAGGGAAGGUAAUCAUGACAGUAGCAGAGGAUUUAUUGUGUUCUGCUUCUCAAAAUAGUCGCAUUUCAAUACAACGAACGCAGGCUGGAUGGCUGUUGGUAGCUUCUCUAAUGACAUUAGGUCCUGCUGUUGUCCAGCACUAUCUCCCAAGAAUGCUGUUACUAUGGAAGUGUGUCUUUCCACUAUCUCCUAAAGAUCUAGAAACAGAGAGGAGUCGGGGAGAUUCAUUUACAUGGCAAGUGACAUUAGAAGGCCGUGCUGGUGCUCUCUGUGCUAUCAAAACCUUUGUUUCCUAUUGUGGUGGUCUUCUUACUGAUGAAGUUAUUCAGAGACUACUUCCUCCCCUCCCAUGUGCUGUUGAUUUAUUGACACGGCUCCCUUCAAUACAUAAAAUGUAUGGAAAUGCUUUAAAAACACCAUCAAUGACUUACAGGCACAGACUUUAUGAAUUAUUGGCUUUAUUGCCCCCAAAGACUUAUGAAGGAAAAUUCUGUGCUAUUCUCAAGGAGCUAGUGGCUGACUUCACUGCCACUGAUAACCAAAUGGCUGCCUCUACGUUCUUGCUUCCACCUCUCUGUCACCAGGAUGAUCUUCUUUUACUUGGUCCUUUCUUGCAAGAGACUGACCACAGAUUUAUUGAAGAGCAGCUCCUCUUAGGUAGCAGUAUAGCUGGAGGAAGCCUGGAGUAUGACCCUUACUCAAUUUAUGAGAAAGCUGCAGAAGGUGAUUCAGUGCCUAAACCUCUACCUCCCGCACUAUCUGUUAUCAGUGCUGCAGUCCGUCUCUUUGGAGUUAUAUUUUCCCAUGUAGCAGAAUCUCAAAGGCUCCAAGUGUUAGAAAAACUGUUGGCUUCCAUAAAACAAACAAAAGGAGCACGACAGCAGACAGUACAAGUAAACAUUGUAUCAGCAUUUUCUAGUUUUCUGAAGCACUUGGCUAGCUGCAAGGGAAGUUUAGGUCCAGAAGAAGUUAGAAGACCUGCACUGACUCUAGUAAUGGGUGCCUUGGAAAGCAAUAACCCACUUUUAAGAUGUGCUGCUGCAGAAUCUUUGGCCAGACUGGCACAAGUUGUUGCUGACAGUGCCUUCACUGCUGGAUUGGCCCAAGUUAGUUUUGACAAGCUGAAAUCUGCUAGGGAUGUGGUGUCAAGAACAGGACAUUCUUUGGCUCUGGGAUCACUGUAUAGAUAUUUAGGAGGAAUAGGCUCUACUCAGCACCUGAAUGCAUGUGUUGGAAUCCUUUAUACCUUAUCUCAGGACAGUACUUCUCCUGAUGUACAGACUUGGGCACUGCACUCUCUGUCACUGAUAAUAGAUUCAGCUGGCCCUCUGUAUCAUGUGCAUGUGGAACCUACCCUAUCUCUUGUUGUCAUGUUGUUGUUGACUGUGCCUCCUGCUUAUGCUGAAGUUCACCAGAGCCUUGGUCGCUGUUUAAAUGCACUUAUCACUACGUUGGGGCCAGAGUUGCAAGGCAGUAAUACUGCAGUUUCAGCCUUAAGAACUUCUUGCCUCCUGGGCUGUGCGGUGAUGCAGGAUAACCCUGAGUGCCUCGUUCAGGCUCAAGCUAUCUCUUGCUUACAGCAGCUUCAUAUGUUUGCUCCACGACAUGUCAACUUGUCGAGCCUUGUUAGCUGCCUAUGUGAGAUCUUGUUGGAUAAUUCUGUGUUGGUGAAUCUCUGUAGCUCCUACUUGUUGUUGAGACGAGCAGUACUAGCUUGUUUGCGUCAGCUAGUGCAAAGAGAAGCAGCUGAGGUAUCAGAACAUGCUGUUGCCUUUGUUAAAGACUGCAGAGAAGACUUCACUCCAGACAUUAACAUCAGAGAAGUUGGCCUGGAGGGAGCAUUGCUGAGCUUGCUGGACAAAGAAUUGGAUCAAAGACUAUGCCAAGAUAUCAAAGAGACCCUAAGCCAUAUGCUUACAUCAGUGGCAGUGGAAAAGCUCUCAUUCUGGUUGAAGCUUUGUAAAGAUGUUCUUGCUGCCUCAGCUGAUUUCACCUCAGUAGCUUCAGUGGAUACUACCCAAGAAGAGGAGGGAACUAAAGAGGAUGAUGAUGUGUUAACCUCUGAAAGUGAUGAGAGAUCCCACCCUUUCACUAAUCCAAAAUGGUCCACUAGAGUUUUUGCUGCAGAGUGUGUUUGUAAAAUUAUCAGCCACUGUGAAAAUGCAGGCAGGGCACAUUUUGACAUAACGCUGGCUCAGGAAAGGAAACAAAGGGAUUCAAGAGGUGACUUUUUGGUAUUGCAUUUAGCUGACUUGAUCCGCAUGGCUUUUAUGGCUGCCACAGAUCACAGUGACCAGCUCCGUCUUUCAGGGCUUCAGACAUUGUUAGUUGUUGUUCGGAGGUUUGCAUCUGUUCCAGAACCAGAGUUUCCUGGUCAUGUAAUUCUGGAGCAAUAUCAAGCCAAUGUUGGAGCUGCACUUCGACCUGCCUUUGCUCCAGAAACCCCGCCUGAUGUCACAGCAAAAGCAUGUCAGGUUUGCAGUGCCUGGAUAGCAAGUGGUGUAGUCAGUGACCUUAAUGACCUUCGAAGGGUUCAUCAGUUGCUCAUAUCAUCCUUGACCAAAGUACAAGCUGGAAAAGAAGCACAAAGUCAGUUGUACAAUGAAAGUGCCUCAACUAUGGAGAUAUUGGCUGUGCUCAAAGCUUGGGCAGAGGUUUACAUAGUUGCAGUUGAAAGAGAAAAAAACCAAAGUGAUGCACACAAGCAAACUUUGACCAUCACAAACUCUACAGAUGAAAGCUACAGAGAUUUUACUUCGUCAGCCGAUGGACUUCUGGACCUAGUCCAGGCGGACCUUGGGACCCUAAGCAAACUCUGGCUUGCUGCACUUCAGGAUUUUGCUCUCUUAACUUUGCCUUCAGAAUAUGCCUCUCAACUUCCGGUUGAAGGUGGUGCAUUCUAUACUGCGGAGACAAUUGAAAAUGCAAGACCACACUAUCACAACUCCUGGGCUCUAAUUCUUUACGCUACAGCAUUAUGGCUCACCAGCACAGGUUUCCUUGUGGUUGAUCCAGAUGAAGGAGUAACUAAUCUCUCUAGACCUGUCACCCCAACUACAAUGUGUCAGGAUUCCUCCUCCAGGGCUGCAGUGAAAUCUCCUGAGGAUGUGAAUACUGACAUAUUUCAUCUUAUCUUGGGAAUAAGUGUGGAAUUUCUCUGCUCACCUCGAUCAGAUUCAGCAAUGGAAAACAUUACUGCUUGCCUACAUGCUCUGCAAGCAUUUCUUGAUGUUCCUUGGCCUCGGUCUAAAAUAGGUGGUGAUCAGGAGCUUGGUGUGGAGUUGUUGAAUGUUCUGCAUCGACUGAUACUAACCAGAGAAUCGCCUGAUAUUCAGCUUGCUACUCUUGAAGUAGUCCGACAGAUUCUUUUUGCAGCUCAAGAACAUGUGAGAGAAAAACGGAGAAGUGCAGAAGUUGAUGAUGGUGCUGCAGAAAAGGAGACCUUGCCAGAGUUUGGAGAAGGCAAAGACACAGGAGGACUGGUGCCUGGAAAGUCAUUAGUCUUUGCGACGCUGGAGUUGUGUGUUUGCAUUCUAGUGAGGCAGCUCCCCCAGCUUAACCCUAAAGUAACUGGUAGCCCUGCAGUUAAAGCUGGAAAACCUCAGUUGUUGUCAGAGAGUGGAAGUAGAUUGGUAUCAGCAGCAUUAGUUAUCCUCUCUGACAUUCCGUCAGUCUGCUCUCCUGAAGGAAGUGUUUCCGUACUCCCUACUAUCCUGUACCUAAUCAUUGGAGUCCUCAGAGAAACUGCUGUCAAAUUGCCAGAUGGCCAGUUACCUUUAACAGUUGCUGCAUCUUUACAAGCUCUUAAGGGGAUAUUGUCUUCUCCUAUGGCUCGAGCAGAGAAGAGCCGAACUGCUUGGACUGAACUUCUUCGUAGUGCUUUAGUCACAGUUCUUGACUGCUGGGAUCCAGUAGAUGGAGCUCAACAAGAACUUGAUGAAGUCAGCCUGCUUACUGCCAUUACAGUAUUUAUUUUGUCUACAAGUCCAGAAGUUACUACCAUAGAGUGCCUUCAAAAGCAUUGUAUUGAGAAGUUUAAAAUAGCACUUGAUUCAAAAGACCCUGUCGUACAGCUUAAGUGCUAUCAGCUGCUGCUUUCCAUCUUUCAAUAUCCCAACAGAGCUGUCUCAUAUCCUUACAUUCAUUCUUUGGCACCAUCUAUUGUGGGGAAAUUGCAGGAAACAGAAAAAACAAAGCCUGAAAAUUCUGCUGAACUGCAAGUCAUUCAGGAAGGAAUAAAGGCGGUAGCAGCUCUCAUAGCCAUUGCUGAGGAAGAGCAUCGUGCUUGUUUGGUGGCCUGCCUCCUGCCCCUCCUUAUUUCCUUUCUUUUGGAUGAGAAUUCUUUGGGGUCAGCCACAAACUCAGCAAGAAAUCUACAUGAGUUUGCUUUGCAAAACGUGAUGCAGAUUGGUCCACAGUACUCAUCAGUUUUUAAAAAAGUAAUGGCUUCCUCUCCAACUAUGAAAGCCAGGCUUGAAUCAGCUGUAAAAGGCAAUCAGGAAAGCAUUAAAGUCAAGACAACACCUAAACAUGCAAAGAAUCCUGGGAAAAGUUCAAGCAUCCAAUUAAAGACCAACUUUUUCUGA